ACACGGCCAUCACAAAGAAAGGCUUUCAGCCGGUAGAUGAAGCUUUAAUUUUUACAACGAAAAAGAAGAUUCGAGAAAUGUCUAGCAGCUACGUGUACAGAGCUCAAAAAAGAAGAUUUUGUCUCUUGCUCACAAACUUUCUUACUUACUGUGACUACAUGGCAAUUACCAUUCUGCACGAAAUUGUUCGAAAAUCUUUCCAAUUUUUUGCCGAUAUUUUGAAGGCGCACGACAUAUCCGGUCCGAGUGAAUAUGAAUUAUUGAAUACAGUGAUUAACAAAAAAUUGGAAGAACCGCGGCCAACUGAAUAUCCACAGAAAUCGCUUCUCAUCGCUCGACUAGUUCUUACGCCAGAGAAAGUGGAGAUCGAUCCUUCGAGGGAAGUAACAACCAACAUUUUCACACAACUAAAAGACCUAAUGUGGAAUACGAUCUGUAAUUUCGAAAGCUUUCAAACCGAUCCAGCAUAUCACCAGUUUACCGAGCCGUCUAUUAUGGGCAAGAAAGUGGCUCGAUUGGGCUGUAAGCCGCCGGACAUAAAAUUUGUGCUACGAAACGAUACCCAGACCAUCGAGAACAAGAAUUACAUUUUCGAAGCCAUUGAUCGAGCCUAUGAUAAAAUCGAAUUGUAUGUGAAGCGGUUCGAACCGAUUCGUGAAAAUUAUGAAAUCGACUUCAAUACAAAGCAUGAAACGCUUAAAGCUCUGCGUGAUGUUAAUAAGUUACGAUCGUAUUUGAUUCGGUACACCAGUGAAAUGAUCCAACUCGAUGGAAUGUUGUUGGAAUUGAAUCUUGGAUUAUUUGUUGUAACGCAAGCAAUAUUCAAGGAAAAAUUUAUUUCGGUUGCGAAGGAAUUGUUGGAUGUGAUGUGCGCACAUAUACCGAAAAUUACAAUAGAAGCCGUAGCAAUUUUAUCGGAAAAAGCCGGCAACACCAUAGCUGAACUAAAUGCCGUCCCAAUAACUACCCACCAAUUCGUUACCUACUUCCACUAUCUCGACAAUUGCCAAGAAAAAAUACAAAAAUUAUUCUCGGACAUUGAUUUUGCCAACGAAUAUUUCGAUCUGAUGCUGGAGUUCGAUAUUUUCAUUGACGAUUCCGAACGAGAGAUCUUCCAGGGUUGCACAAAUCAAAUCCAAGAGGUUCAAAACACAUGGAAAGCGAAGAGUGAGGAGAAGGAUGUGCUUGUGGUCAAAUUUGAACAAACUCUUACCGAAGACAUUAAGCAAUUGUUCGAUGAAGUAGCCAGUAUACAAGAAGAUGUGACCAAGGACUGGUUAAUCGAUGAAAAUUCAAAUGGCACUCAAGUGAAAGAGUUUCUGGUGAAUUUGGCCGAUCGUUUAUCCGUGUGCGUUUCUCAAAUGGACGAAUAUCGAAACUACCAGAAGGAAUUUAGGCUGAAUAGAACCAGAGUUGAUGCACUGGACUUAGCGCAAAAAGACAUAAAACUGCGACAAUUGCUCUGGGAAACAAGCGAAGAAUGGGAAAGUUCGAUGCGUACGUGGUAUGAAGAGCCAUUCAGCAAUUUAAAUAUAGAAAAUGCAACCACUUUAACUGCUAAAACGUUGAAGAACUGUACAAUGUUUGAGAAGAAUUUCCCGGAAAAUGCAAUUGUUUCCAGAGUGCGAAAAUCAGCCGAAAUUUUUAAAGUAAAAUUGCCGGUAUUCGCUCAUUUGCGGAAUCCGACUCUAAAAGGGCGCCAUUGGUUCCAAAUCGAGCAACUAUUGAGUCUCAAAAUCUUAUCAGACGAUUCGAUUACAUUAGAAUCCUUCGAAAAGGCGAACGUAUUGGAUCCACAAAUUUCCGACCAAAUGUCUAAAAUCUGCGAUCAAGCGGCAGCUGAAUUCGAUGUGGAAGGCCUACUCAAAAAGGUUGAAGGUCUAUGGGAAGAAUUUAAUUUAUCGGUCGUUCAACAUCGUGAUGCCAAGGACGUUUAUAUUUUGGGUGGAUUGGACGAAUUACAAAUUGCAUUGGAUGAAGCUUACAUCAAUGUCAAUACGAUUUUGGCUUCACGGCAUGUCGGUCCAUUCAAGGAUUCGGUUCUGAAUUGGCAGGCUGCUCUAAAUCUAUUCUCUGAGAACUUAGACGAAUGGUCGGCAUGCCAAAACUGUUGGAUCUAUUUUGAGGGAAUAUUUUCGGCUCCGGAUAUACAGCGACAAUUGCCCAAUGAAUCUCGUCUGUUCAACGUAGUCGAUAAAAAUUGGAAAGACAUCAUGAGACGAUGCUACAAAAUGCCACUGGCUCUGCCGAUCAUGACCGAUCCGAAUGUUUUGAAAAUCAUGAAGUAUAACAACGCUUGUUUGGAACAGGUGAACCGAUCAUUGAAUUCGUACCUGGAAAUGAAACGAGUGUCCUUUCCCCGCUUUUAUUUCCUGUCCAACGACGAGCUACUCGAAAUUCUCGCACAAACACGCAAUCCGCAUGCAGUUCAGCCAUAUCUACGGAAAUGUUUCGAUGCAAUGGCGAGAAUUGAGUUUGGUGUCAAGAAAAAUGUGGCCGGGAAACUGGAACCAACUGAUGAUAUACUGGCAAUGAUCUCACCGGAAGGCGAAAGAGUAGAAUUCGAUCCGGGUCUGCGAGUUCGAGGUGCUGUUGAUGAAUGGCUCGGUCACGUUGAGCAAGCGAUGUUUGUAGCAUUAAAGCGUUGCAUGCGAAUCGCAUACAGGAGCUAUCACAAUAAGGAUCGAUCAAUAUGGUUUCAAGACCAUGCCAAUCAAAUUGUGCUGACCAUUUCCCAACAGCAAUGGGCAAGUGAUGUUCAUAAUAUUCUCGAUGGCGAACAGUCGCAAGUUCCUGAGAAGAUGAAGGACUUUAAGCAGAAAUUGUCUUUGGACUUGAAUAAGUUGACUGCCAUCGCCAGAACUGAGGUCACUUCUCUGUUGCGAAAAGUCUUGUGCGCUUUAGUCACCAUCGACGUGCAUGCAAUGGAAACGAUUUCGAAUUUAAUCAGAGAGAAUGUUGCUGACUCGAGCGACUUCAAUUGGGUGAAAAUGUUACGAUACUACUGGGUGAGUGCAUCCGAAACCAUCGACGUAAAAAUGUCUUCAACAACUCUGCCUUACUUUUACGAGUAUUUGGGCGCAGGAGGAGUUUUGAUCAUUACCCCGCUAACGGAUCGAUGUUAUUUGUGCCUGAUGGGUGCGCUACAAAUGGACUUAGGUGGAAGUAUUGCAGGCCCGGCAGGAACUGGAAAAACGGAGACCACGAAAGAUUUAGCCAAAGCAUUAGCUAAACAUUGCAUCGUAUUCAAUUGCUCUGACGGAUUGGACUACAAAAUCAUGGGCCAAUUUUUUUCGGGUCUAGCCCAAUCAGGUGCCUGGUGUUGUUUUGAUGAAUUCAAUCGUAUCGACAUUGAAGUAUUGUCGGUGAUUGCUCAACAGUUGAUUACUAUCAAGAAUGCUAAAUCGAUGCAAAUGACCCGAUUUAUGUUCGAAGGGAAUGAAAUCAAACUGAAUAACUACUGUGCGACAUUCGUCACGAUGAACCCAGGCUACGCUGGCCGUUCAGAACUACCCGAUAAUCUUCGUGCUCUGUUUCGACCCAUAUCGAUGAUGGUACCGGACUACACAUUGAUUGCCGAAGUUAUUUUGUAUUCUGAGGGAUUCGAAUCGUCUAAUAUAAUGGCCAAGAAAAUGGUGCAAAUGUACAAACUGUGCAGCGAACAAUUGAGUCAACAGGAUCACUAUGACUUCGGUAUGCGAGCGGUGAAGAGUGUUUUGGUAAUGGCUGGAGCGCUCAAACGAAGCAAACCAGAUCAGUCUGAAGAUGUAACCCUCAUCACCGCAUUGCGAGAUUCAAAUCUUCCGAAAUUUUUAGCACUUGAUGUUCCACUAUUUACUGGUAUACUGGGCGAUCUCUUUCCCGGCAUUGAUCUGCCUGUAAUAGAUUACGGUGAUCUACAGAAGACAGUUGAGAAUUGCUACAUCAAAAAUGGUCUUCAACCGGUGCCGGCUAUGGUCGCAAAAACAAUUCAAUUGUACGAAACUAUGGAGAUAAGGAGCGGUGUUAUGUUGGUUGGAUUGGCAGCAUCCGGAAAAACUUCAAUUCUUAACAAUCUUUCGGCUACAUUAAGCCAACUUUACGCGGAUGGCGUUACGCAUCCACUGUAUCGCCCAGUAGAAAUUCGAACAAUCAACCCGAAAGCCGUUAGCAGUGACGAGCUUUACGGCUUCGUGAAUUCUACGACUCUCGAAUGGAAAGACGGUCUAUUAGGUUUGGCAGUACGGUCCGCCUGCGUUGUGACGGAAGAAAUACACCAGUGGAUCGUUUGUGACGGUCCUGUUGAUGCUGUAUGGAUUGAAAAUUUGAAUACGGUUCUAGAUGACAACAAAAUGUUAUGUCUGGCUAAUUCGGAACGCAUCAAAUUGACACCAUGGAUUCACAUGGUAUUCGAGGUGCAAGAUUUGGCACAAGCUUCACCGGCCACUGUGUCUCGUUGUGGUAUGGUUUAUGUUGAUCCGCGCAAUCUUGGUUGGUUCCCAUUGAUAGAAUCGUGGCGACAGGCAUCUUCAGCCGAUUUGUGGAGCGACGAACUGUUGGAUUUCGUUGUUACAUUGUUUUCGACAUACGUUAACGAUAUUCUACAUUUCGCUACGUUGAAUUGUAGCGGAACAGUGCAGCAGGUUACAGUCAGCAAAAUGAAUAUGAUGUGCACAUUACUGACGGCAAUGGCCACAAAUUGUGACGGGCUGAGCUACAUGAACAAGAGUGAUGCAAAGUUAUUGAUAAUUAAAAUGUUUGCAUAUUCGUUGCUGUGGUCCGUUGGGGGAUCCUAUGACGAUGAUUCCAAGCAAAAACUUGAGAAAUGUGUCGUAGAUGCUCUUCGAAAUGAUCCCAGAGUUAAAACCGACGAGUCUUGCUUGCCACCUGGUUCGCUGUGGGAUUAUAAAGUUAAUUUACAGUUACAUGUUUGGGAACAGUGUCUGGACUUUCGAACACAGUACGCAUUCGAUCCGAAUAUUCCAUUUUUUGAUAUUUUAGUGCCUACAAAAGACACCGCAAGGUAUGGUCAUAUUUCAGACAUUUUACAUAUCGCACGUUAUCCGUUGAUGUACACUGGUGAAACAGGUGUCGGUAAAUCGGUAUUGGCCAAGGAAAUACUGAAAGGACUCUCAUCGGAAAAUAUUCUUACGGUCUUUAUGAGUUUUUCUGCCCAGACUAGCAGCAGUAUCACUCAAGAAAUGAUUGAGUCCCGUUUGGAGAAACGCGAGAAAACAGUUCGUGGUCCGCCCAUUGGAAAAACGAUGGUUUUCUUCAUAGAUGACGUUAACAUGCCGAAAUUGGAUACAUAUGGCAGUGUCCCGGCUAUCGAAUUACUUAGACAGUUGUCUGAUUGUAAGGGUUUUUAUGAUCGUGACAAGAUGUUUUGGAAAGGUAUAAAAGACACGGUAUUGGGGUGUGCUUGUGGACCACCAGGUGGAGGGAGAAAUGCCUUGACUCCAAGAUUCGUUCGUCAUUUUGCUGUGCUUGAACUGCCACAACCAGACAAUGCCACACUGACAACAAUAUUCAGUGGCAUCGUCAAAGGAUUUCUGUCCGAUUUUAAGUCACAGUUUUCGCUAAUUGAAAAGCCAAUUGUGAAUGCAAUGAUCUCGAUAUAUGAUCGCAUCUCAAAAGAAUUACUGCCGACGCCCACGAAAUCACACUACGUUUUCAAUCUUCGUGAUCUAUCGAAAUUGGUGCAAGGUUUUCUACAAGCAGAUGCAUCGAGCUAUGACCAGGAGUCCCAAUUGUUGAGGCUACUUUACCACGAAUCACUGCGUGUCUUUCAAGAUCGUUUGGUGAAUGACGAUGACAAAAAUUACUUCAAGAAUAUGCUGAAUGAAAUUUUCGAGACAAAUUUUCCCACUUACUAUCCAAUAGUCAAGCCCAACGAGACAGUUAUCUUCGGAGAUUUUAUGCUUUUCGGACAGGCUAAGGAAAAUCGUACUUACGAAGAGAUCAAAGACAUGGACAAACUAAAAAGUGUUUUGGUGGACUAUAUGGAAGACUUCAACACAUUAUAUGGAUUAGACGUUAUGCUGAUACUGUUUCAGGAUGCUGUAGAACAUGUUACUCGAUUGGCACGACUGCUAAGAGGUGAUCGCGGCAACGGAUUGUUAAUUGGUUUAUCCGGAAUGGGAAAGCAGUCAUUAACCCGGCUGGCAGCUCACAUAAAUAAUUAUCAAAUCAUGCAAAUCGAACUAACUCGCGCCUACGACUACACCAGCUUUCGUGAUGAUUUGAGAAAGUUUUAUUGGAAUACGGGCGUUGCAAAUCGAGAAACAGUGUUCCUCAUCACUGACACGCAAAUUGUUCGGGAGGAAUUCAUGGAGGAUAUCCAAAAUAUUUUGAAUUCGGGCGAAGUUCCUAAUCUGUUUCUGGGUGACGACUACGAACGAGUAAUACUUGGAGUGAAAGAUGACUUCAUGAAAUCGAAACCGAAAUCAGAGGGUGGCACUGAUGGAGGCGACACAUCUCGGGAAUCAAUUUUCGAUUUUUUUCUGAAUCGGGCUCGAGCCAAUUUGCGUGUGUGUUGUUGUAUGAGCCCUAUUGGUGAAGCUUUUCGCCGUCGUUGCCAAAUGUUUCCGUCAUUGGUUAAUUGCUGCACAAUCGAUUGGUUUGUUAACUGGUCUGCUGAGGCCUUGUAUUCGGUAGCAUAUGGAUCCUUAACUGAUAUAGCCGUCGACCAGACACAAAAUGAUCAACUAGCUCAAAUUUGCGUUAAAAUGCACGAAUCAGUCGACAAAAUGUCUUCGAGACUGUAUGCCGAGUAUCGUCGUCAUUUUUAUACAACACCAAGUAGCUACCUGGAACUCUUGAAGCUUUACCACAGCUUAUUGGAUAGCCGAAAUGAAACGAUCAAAAGUCAACAAAAUAGAAUUGGCAAUGGGCUGAACAAAAUCCUUGAAACGAACGAAACAAUUGAAAUAAUGAGGAAAGAAUUGGAGAUUCUAACCCCAAAACUGGAGAAACAGGCCGCUGAUUUUAAAGUUAUGGUGGACAGAAUUGCAAUCGAAAAUAAAAAAGCGGAUGCAAUGCGUGAACUAGUAAUGAAAGAUGAAGCUGCUGCUAGGGAAAAGGAAGCCGGAGCAAGGUUAAUAGCAGACGAGGCUAGACGAGAUCUGCUAGUAGUUCAACCAAUCAUAGACGCAGCCCAAGACGCUCUGAAACAAAUCACCAAAAAUGAUAUCAACGAAAUAAAGUCUUUCACUUCGCCUCCGCCUCUUGUAAAGUUUGUGAUGGAGGCAGUUUGUAUAUUAUUUGAUGCGAAACCGAAUUGGGACUCGGCCAAAAAGCUGAUGGUGGACACGAACUUUUUGAAAAGAUUGAUGACCUAUGACAAGGAGCAUACAUCCGAGGCGAUGAUGAAGAAAGUGAGAAAAUAUACAACAGACAAGGAAUUCGAUCCGAAUAAUAUUGGCAAAGUGUCGAAGGUGGCAAAGUCUAUGGCGAUGUGGGUAAUAGCAAUGGAUGAAUUUUCAAAAGUUUACAAAGAAGUCGAACCAAAAAUUAAGAAAGCUAGUGAGGCAGAGGCUGUGUUGAAAGAGGUCAUGGCGCUACUUAAGCAAAAACAAUUGCAACUGGCAGCUGUUGAGGCAGAACUGAAAGUUAUUCAAAUGGAACUGGAAGACAAAAAUCGUCAAUUGAAAGAAUCACAAGACACCUUUGAAUUAAGUAGUUCGCGCUUGAACCGAGCCGGUCGCCUAAAAACGGCGUUAUCUGAUGAAGAAGUUAGAUGGGGCGACACCGUAAAGGAACUUGUGAUCGAGGCCCGGGCAACUAUUGGUGACGUUCUUGUCGCAACAGCUUUGAUUGCGUAUACAGGCGCGUUCCCUGCUAGUUAUCGGAAACAAUUAACUGAAAUUUGGGUUGCUAAUUGUAAGAAGUUUGAGAUACCAAGCAGCGAAAAAUUCGAUUUCAUUGCUAUUUGUGGCCACCCGUAUGAAAUUCGAAAUUGGCAAAUUAAUUUCUUGCCUAGAGAUGAUUUAUCGACAUCGAAUGGUAUCAUUGUGACCAAGGCUCUUCGCUGGCCACUUAUGAUCGAUCCGCAAGAGCAAGCGAAUAGGUGGAUCCGAAGCAUGGAAUCGGAAAACAAUUUAGCUGUUGCGAAGUUAACGGACUCAAAUUUCCUUAGAGUAUUGGAAAAUUGCAUUAGAGUUGGCAAUCCCAUAUUGAUUGAAGAACUGUACGAAUCGAUUGAUCCGUCUCUGUCUCCUGUUUUGAGCAGAAAUAUUAUUUUCCAAAAUGGUCGGAAAGUAAUAAAACUCGGCGACUCGUUCAUCGAUUAUAACGAUAAUUUCAAAUUGUAUAUGACGACUAAGCUUGCCAAUCCUCAUUACUUGCCUGAAGUGUGUAUAUCAGUAACUCUUGUUGAUUUCCUUAUAACGAGAGAAGGGCUGGAGGACCAAUUGCUGGGCGAAAUCGUGACGAUUUUACUGCCGAAGCUAGAGCAGCAAAGGAGCGAAUUGAUUCUUCAAAUUAAUAAUGACAAACAGCAGCUAUUGAUGCUAGAAGACAAAGUCCUUAAACUUCUUUUCUCGUCGUCCGACAACAUUCUGGACGAUGAGGAAUUAGUGGAAACGUUAAACGAUAUGAAGGAAACGUCGGUCAUUAUAGCCGAUCGGCUGAUAAGCACCGAAGAAAACGAGGCAACCAUUACAGCGGAUCGAGAAAAAUUCCGCCCACUCGCCAUCCGUGGAGCCAUUUUAUAUUUUGUCAUCGCAUCGCUCAAUGAAAUCGAUCCGAUGUAUCAGUUCAGUCUGAACUAUUUUCUUGCCAUCUUCUGUUCCGUUAUUUCAACUGAAAAUGCACCAGCCGACGUCGAACUAUCAAUUCGAUUGGAACGGCUGUUGGCCGCACAGACUUAUGCAUUCUACUUGAACAUAUCUCGAGGAUUGUUCGAACGACACAAUUUGAUAUUCAGUUUCAUGCUAGCUAUUGCCACAGAGAAACAGGACAAGAGAGUUACCGAUUCAGAGCUUCAAUAUUUAUUGCGCGGAAUAGCUGGGCAUGAAGUCAGUACAAAGCCGAAAUUGGACAACUUGAAUAUGCCGGAUAGUAUGUGGAAGUGCUGUGUGUAUCUGCAGGAAGAGUUCGAUUGUUUCAAAGGACUGUCUCGCGAUUUGUUGAACAGCAUAUACAUCCAAAUUGGUGAUUAUUCGAAUACGUUCAACUUCAACGAGAAAACGGCAAACAUUAAAGUCGAAACCUGGAACCAAAAUCUAAACUUUAUUCAAAAGCUGAUGCUGGUGAACACGUUCGCCACAGACCAAGUGGUUUUGGCUAUUACGGCGUAUGUAACGGAAAUUUUGGGCAAAAACUUCACUGAAGCUAUGCCUUGCACCCUGGGCGAUUUGUACAAAGACACGACCUGCAAAUUUCCGUUGAUUUUCAUUUUAUCUGCGGGCAGCGAUCCGAUGGCCAGUCUACAGAGAUUUGCCAAACAAAUGAAUUACUUGGACAAAUUGUACACCUUGUCGCUCGGUCAGGGUCAAGGACCAGCUGCGGAGAAACUCAUAGAUAAUGGCUGUAAAUCUGGUAACUGGGUGUUUCUACAAAAUUGUCACUUGGCUACGUCGUUCAUGCCGCAGAUGGAACUCAUCCUACGGCGCAUUGCAUUGGGAGAAGUGAAGGCGCACGAUGAUUUUCGAGUAUAUUUGUCGUCGAUGCCAACGAGUGCAUUUCCUGUUAGCGUUCUGCAAAAUGCUGUUAAAGUAACGUCCGAGCCGCCGAAGGGUUUGAAAUCGAACUUGGUACGAGGAGUUAGCGAAUUGAAUACAGAUUAUUUCGAACAUCACAUUUUGGAGAAGGAGUGGCGAGCUUUGGUGUUUGGAAUUAUCAUGUUUCACAGUAUCAUAUUGGAGAGACGAAAAUUUGGUCCGUUGGGCUGGAAUACCUUAUACGAAUUCACCGACAGUGAUAGAGAAUGUGGCUUGAAAAUAUUGGACGUUUACUGCAAGCGAGAGAUACGCGAUAAGAUUCCGUGGCAAGCCUUGGAAUACAUAAACAGUCAGAUAACAUGGGGCGGCAGAGUUACAGAUUUUUGGGAUCAGCGUUGCUUGACGAUCAUUUUGAAUCAUUUCUGUUCCGAAAAGACCAAGGAGAAUGGCUACGUGUAUAGUCAAUCGGGAAUUUAUUUAUGUCCAGAGGGAAAAACCGUCGAAGAAUUUAAGACUUAUGUGUUCCAAUUGCCUGGAACUGAUAGCCCGGACAUAUUUGGUAUGCACGAAAAUGCCAAUCUAAUAUUUCGUACAAAUGAGAGCAAAUUUUUUAUGGACACAAUGAAUGCCGUACAGUCAGGGCAAACCGAGACUGUAUCGAACGAUUGCUCUGACGAUGAGAUCGUACUAAGUACCGUUGCCACUAUAUCCGAAAAUGUAGCGACGAGAAUCAGCUUGGAAAAACCGUAUCCGAUUUUAAUUCGAGAAGACAGCAAAGGAAGACUCCCUCCAUUAACAACCGUUUUGUUUCAAGAGGUCGAUCGAUACAACAAGCUGUUGCGUAUCAUUCACAGCAGUCUGGACAUACUUCAAAAAGGUAUCAAAGGGUUGAUUGUCAUGUCCGCGGAAUAUGAGCAAAUUUACAAAUCUUUGCUUAACAACAUCGUGCCGAAAUUGUGGUCAUUGAAUGGAUUCAAGUCGACGAAAAGUCUCGGUUGUUGGGUGCAGGACCUGCUCAUGCGAAUCGAUUUCAUUCAACUUUGGGCCGAUGAAGGUCAACCGAAGUCGUCGUGGUUGAGUGGAUUGUUUUUUCCGCAAUCAUUUUUGAGUGGAGUACUCCAAACAUUUGCUAGAAAAAGUAUGUUGCCGAUCGAUGGAUUGAGUAUGGACUUUGAAGUGUUACCGCAAAUUGUACGUCAGUCCGAAGUUUAUAGUCUGCGCAAGAAAGGCAAAAAGGUUUCCCAUUUGUAUGAGAACAUCAUCGAACCGGAUGUGGGAAUAGUUAUUCAUGGUUUGUUGAUAGAAGCUGGAAGAUGGGACCGUAAUAAUGGUGGCCUAUGUGACGCAAAUUAUGGCGAAUUACUGCCAACACUUCCGGUUUUGUGGUUAAAACCGUGCGCCUCGGUUAAAAUUGGCCAACGGUAUCAGACCCAACAACGUGCUGGAAUAUUAUCAACUACAGGUGCUUCGGAUAACUUUAUUUUGUCGGUUUUACUGGAAUCAGAAUCAUCACCGGAAUUUUGGAUAAUGAGAGGCACGGCAUUGGUUACUGGUGUAACAGAGUAAUGCUGUCCAACGUGUUCGUCCAUUUUAAAAGUCAAUCAAUUUUAAUUAAAUUAAAUUAAAUU